AUGGCACACGUUCCAGGCGUGAAUGAGGGCAUAGAUGCAAACACCCAGCCACAGCAACCCAACCAGCAGAGGCGCUCUACCACCAGACCUCGGAACCAGAGAGCGGCUAGGGUAGGAAGAAACACCAACAGCAGUAAUGCCGCCGGGGCUCGCCGAUACCCUCAAAUCAGGCCUGCCAAUAACGCCUCCUUAAGACACAGAAUUCAGAAUUCGGCUCCUAUGAGCAUGAACAACGGAAACCAGAGUCUACAGUCCCACCUCAUACGUCAGCAAAUUAUAGCUGGAAUAGCUCCUGAAAACAUAAUGACCAUAAACCAGCAGCAGCGACAGGCAAAUGACAACAGGCAGGCUACACCCAACUUGGUCCAAAUUACCAAUGAAGGCGUGUCUUUUCCCUCUGUAUCUCCUGCAACCUUCAUUCCUCACGCUUCAUAUUCGAACCCCCUUGGAAACGUGAAUGAAACAAAUCAUCGCCCGGUUGCUCACCCCGGACGCUAUGGACAGUUCUUAGGUGUACCUGAUGUUGGACCGCGACCUACUCUCGAACAGCGUGCGACCCCAAUUACCUGGGAAUCUAUGAGUCCUAACUUUCCGUGGGGACAUCCAGCAUAUCCUCCUCCAGCGCCCAUGGGUACGAACACUCCUAUAAUUGGCGCACGCACCCGGAUCCCUCACGGGUAUCAGCGAACCCCUAAUCCCCUUGUGAGCAACUUCAAUCCGAACGAGGUUGGCUAUGGAGGUACACCUGUCGUCAAGGACGAAGUGAAUGGGUACCAGGGUCAGCAAGGCAUGCCACCCUACCUGAACCCAAGCCUUGACGAUGAAUUCCCCCCUAGAAUAAAUGGUCCCUCUUCUCCUUUUUCGGUCUUUCCGAAGACUGAACCAGACGCAGACCAGCCUCUACAGAGCAUCCCAGACUACCCGAUUCCUCCCAUCGAUAGUAGAAUGCCUAGUUCAACCACUAGUCAUACACAUGGCUUUUCUGUUGCUCCAAAGGCCGAAACAGAUGUUGACGAGAUUCUGAAAAGCAUAUCGAACUACCCAAUUCCUAAUAUCGAGGUCCCUAAUCUUGAGGACGAAUUGUUUGGCGGAAUGAAUGGUCCCACGCAUGACUAUCCCGUUGCUCCGAAAAGCGAACUAGAUGCGGACCAGUCUCAGCAGGGCAUGUCUGACUAUCUGUUCCAAUAUUUUGAUCGCGGACUCCCCGCUGGACUCAGUGAUCAUACACACGCCCCUCCUUCUGUUCCAAGAAUCAAGCCGGAACACAAUCCUUACUCUACCGAGCCAUAUGGUAUGGGACGACUUGCACGUCCGUACACGCCCCAGGCCUAUAGAUCCAUGACCACCCGGGUUAGCCAAGAUAUAAGUCAGAGUCCGAGCGUUGUAGGGCCGCAUGGGCCUACUGUGGUUCAAUGGCAGCGGCCUCCAAGUUUGGAAUCGGUCAAAUCUCGGCAUCCUUCCGCUGCGCCUGAAGACGGAAAUGACCAAAAGCCUGCCGACAAGGACGUGUCACAGACUAUUAACAUCUUGCACACCAUUAUCACUCACCCUGAUAUUGCUCUACGAAUCACUGAGGAGCUCGGCAUCGAAGACCUCAUCAACUUACAGAUCACGUCAAAGGCAUUUUGUACAUUCACCAUCAAGUAUCUCCCAAAGAUCAUUCGACUCCAGGCUCUACACAAGUCCAGGGUUGCGUGUCAUAUUUUCCCAUGGAGAUGUUACCAACGCUUGUGGUUUAAGAGGCCCGCGCUAGAUUACGACGCCCAGCGCCUCUCUGGCGUUCAUUCAAACGGUCCCGUGACAGCCUAUACUGUCUCCCUCCGUUGGUUGCAAAUGGUCAGGUACCGCGACGAAACGGUCCAUUCCAUAAUACAUGCCCUCACAAGUGCUGGUUAUGGCUUUCCAUAUCGUUACAAGCCCGCCAUUUUCAAGCUAUGGUUCUUGAUGGAUAUCCCCGACAUGAAACGCCGAAUGUGGACAAUCCAGAACAGAAAUCUCUGGACCGACCUCGAUCUCUUCAUGGCAACUUUGUUCAUUGUCCGUAUCGACCUGUACGUGAAGACCGCUCGCGAAAACGCCAGCGGUGGUCAGAGACGCCUCAUCAUGGCUCAACGCGGCCUCAAAUUCUGCCUUGAUGUGCUAACCGGAAACAUUUUGAGAACCGAAAUGGAGCUUCUCAAAGAACUGGUUCGCUGGCGUUACAACCCUCUCCCCGGUGAGGUCCUUCAAGGCGAUCUCUUUGGUGUGCCGGCUGCUGAGGUCGGUUCGUUGCAAUACGAAUAUUACGGUAGGGGUCAGCGAGAUGGGAGAAAAAAACUGCAGCGUCCAGAUCAAAUUGUGCUCCUUGAGACACGUAGACGGCAGCUUAAUCUCGAUGAUAUGUAUCAACGUAUCUUUCUUUACGCUCAGCCGCAGGAAUUUACGGUGUGUGAUCGACCGAAUAGUUUAUGGGACGAAGAGAUCAAGAGAGCGGUUCGCAGCCUUGGUGUCCGCAUUCAGGAUAUUCUGAGAUUGGAUUGA